GCAAGCGCGCUGCCCGUCCCGGCUCUGGAGCAUAAACAAGAGUGGGGACGGGAUGAGGCGGCGGUUGGUCCCCGCGCAGCGAGAGGAGGCAGUCGAGGCAAAGAGCCGAACCGGGCGCAGGUCCUGAGUGUAGAGCGCUCCCGCGGGCCGCCCGAGUUGCGCCGCGCGCGCUCCCGCGAAGGCGGUCCGAGCCCGUCGCGCGCGCGCAGCCAUGAACCUGGCGAGCCAGAGCGGGGAGGCCGGCGCCGGCCAGCUGCUGUUCGCCAACUUCAACCAGGAUAACACGUCUCUAGCUGUUGGUAGUAAAUCCGGGUAUAAGUUUUUCUCCCUUUCUUCUGUGGAUAAACUGGAACAGAUCUAUGAAUGCACUGACACUGAAGAUGUGUGCAUUGUGGAGAGAUUGUUCUCAAGCAGCUUGGUGGCCAUCGUCAGCCUCAAAGCUCCCAGGAAGCUGAAAGUUUGCCACUUUAAGAAAGGAACCGAGAUUUGCAACUACAGCUAUUCCAACACGAUCCUGGCUGUGAAGCUGAACAGGCAGAGGCUCAUCGUGUGCCUGGAAGAGUCGCUCUAUAUACACAACAUCCGGGACAUGAAGGUACUUCAUACCAUCCGAGAGACACCCCCAAACCCUGCAGGCUUGUGUGCACUGUCUAUAAACAAUGACAACUGCUACUUGGCGUAUCCAGGGAGUGCGACCAUUGGAGAGGUGCAGGUCUUCGACACCAUUAACUUGAGAGCUGCAAACAUGAUCCCGGCUCAUGACAGUCCCUUAGCAGCCCUGGCUUUUGAUGCAAGUGGGACCAAGCUUGCCACUGCUUCUGAGAAGGGGACAGUGAUCCGUGUAUUUUCCAUUCCAGAAGGACAAAAGCUGUUCGAGUUCCGGAGAGGAGUGAAGAGGUGUGUGAGCAUCUGCUCCCUGGCCUUCAGCAUGGACGGCAUGUUCCUCUCUGCAUCCAGCAACACAGAAACUGUACACAUCUUCAAACUGGAGGCCGUGAGGGAAAAACCUCCAGAAGAGCCCACCACCUGGACCGGCUACUUUGGGAAGGUGCUCAUGGCGUCUACCAGCUACCUGCCUUCACAAGUGACCGAAAUGUUCAACCAGGGCAGGGCCUUUGCCACUGUUCGACUACCAUUCUGUGGCCAUAAAAACAUCUGCUCCUUAACCACAAUUCAGAAGAUCCCUCGGUUGCUGGUAGGAGCAUCAGAUGGCUAUUUAUACAUGUACAACCUGGACCCGCAGGAAGGUGGCGAGUGUGCCCUGAUGCGUCAGCACAGGCUCGAUGGCAGUAUGGAGACGACCAGUGAAAUUGUAGACUCCGCAUCUCAUGACUGCCCCUUAGUAACGCAGACGUAUGGCACAGCAGCUGCCAAAGGUGCCUAUGUGCCCUCGUCCCCAACAAGACUUGCUAAAGGACAGGACGCCAACUUAGAAGCCUAUACAGAUGAUCUGGGUGCCGUGGGGGGCGCAUGCCUGGAGGAUGAAGCCAGUGCCCUGCGCCUGGAUGAAGACAGUGAACAUCCUCCCAUGAUUCUCCGGACUGACUAAUCCUGACCUGUGAAUUCUGGCCCGGUCGCAGAGAACACUGGCCUGGCAGAGGACUUGUGCAUUGCUGCUAUGAACUUUGACCUGAAUUGAGGGAGAGGAUGGCAGAGAUGAAACAAAGAGAUUGUAGUUCUAGUCUAUCCAUACUGUUGAGAAAAUACACUGUUUUCAACUCAGUGACUUCAAUCCUGCUUAUGAAUUUUAGCUUUUUAUUUCCUCUCAUUCUUUUUAUUUUAUUUUUAUUUUUUUAUUUUUAUUUUUAUUUUUAUUUUUUUUGCCAAAAUUAACUGUUUGGUGAAGUCUGUGGCGUCUCCUUGCUUUGCAUGCAUGAUGUGCCAAGCCAGCAUAGGAGAGCGAGUGGUCACUCCAUAGCAAACCACAGUCAUCAGGUCUCAUGGCAGGACACAAAUGAAGAAGGCUCUGUGUGCAGUGAUUCUGCAGGGAUAGGCCCAUCCGCCAACUGAGACCAGCCAGGGAGCCAGUGGACAGUGGCCUCUGUCAGGAGCCCUCUUGCCCUACAGCCCCACCUGGACCAUUUUCCCUCCAUUUAUUAUACUCUUUCCAGAUUGGAUCAUUCUGGGACUAGCUUUCUCCAUGGGGGACUGUCGUUUGCAGUGUGUUCUCCAUGGGGAUCUUGAGGGAGAGAAGCUGUCUCUGCUCUGUGCCUUCUCUUCUGGCAGGUGAACUUGGCAAUGUGCCAGAGCCAAGGAAGGCAAUCCCUCAUUUGUGUCAUUAAAUGCCCUGUCUCCUGCUGUCCCCAUCCGAUAACUGUGACUUGGGGUUUUUUGUUUUGUUUUUAAAGGAGAGUCUGUAGCUACUCCCAUGUCCAAGAAAGCACAGAGGUGUAAGAUGCUAUGUUAGACAUCAGUCAGGGGACUGGAGCUGGACUGUCUGCCACAGGCACCUCUCCCUUCCUCAGAGUUAGCAGGGACAGGUAGGGAGGCCCCAGGGAGACAGCUCCCUCCCCAGGGGUGAUGUGCCUUUUCUAUCUUGGUGCAGGAAAGUGAUGUCAGGUUUUAGGGCUGCCCUCACUUCUGUUUGCUUUUACUUUUUGGUGUCUUUGGGGGAGGUACAGAUUCACAUUAGAGCCCAGGCUGCCCUGGAGCUCACUAACUGUAUGGUCCGAGCUGGCCUCAGACUUAGAGCAGUCUCCCUGCCUCAAGUUCUGAGAGCUCAGAUUACAGGUACCACUGUGCCUAGCUCCUUUCUCAGCUCUACAGAAUGGAGAGUUCAGGUCCUUAGAUCUGCAUUCUAAACACAGAUCUUAGCAGUAGGGUUUUGAAGGUGUGGGGUGUUGCUUCUGCAAAAGCAUGGCUUUAGGUGUGAGCAGGGAAUAAGGAUAAUGUCAGCACCAGGUUCUGCCAGCCUGGUGAGGCUGCUAGACAGGAGGAACUAUAGGCAGCUGUCUUCAGGUUAGUUUGGUUAAGUCUGGUAGAGUGCCAGUGGCUAGACAGACCUACCAGUGUCCUCGCUCUUGCCGCUCCCAGGGUAGCUAAUGGAAUGGGUGGGGCACGAGGGGUGCCCACAGCUAGAUCUGGCUGCUGGCUGUACCUGCGCCCUGGAGCAUCUGAGUGGCCAACUACGUACAUUUUAUAAGGCAGGGGUGAAGAUCUUUAAAGGCAGGGGUGUUGAACUUUAACUGUGUGUGACUAUCCUAGACCCUGAUAACGUGGGACCCCAGCUCUGUGGUCUGGCACAGUGGGUGCUUCUCUGGGAAAAUAGAACAGGUCUUUGCAGGACCAGGGAGACACUGACCAGAAGAGCCUGGGGAGCACACAGGGUUGACUGGGAGCUGGAGUUUCCUGGAACCAAAGAGUGAAUGUCUGGAUUCAUGUGUGAUUUGUAUGCUGACCCUGGACCUGAAUGCUGUGUGGGUUUGGGCCUCAGCUUCAGUGGCUGCAAUUUCUUCUCUUGGAAGUUAGUGUUCCAAAACAAGGUUGGAAUUCAUUUCUCCCUUUUGAAUCAGUUUCCUCACUUGAAAAUUUGGUCAGAAAAGGCAUCUUCCAGUGUCCAGGGCUUUCUGCCCUCACUCAGUGGUCUUACAGGCUGGACAGACUCAAUCAGUCUCUGCUGACCUCUGAGAGGCAACUGCACUCCACCUGCAGGCCUCAGGUGUGGAGAGAGCCAGUUAAGGGACCGAAGCAAUAGAAUACACGAGUGGUUGCUGGCCCCCAGGCCUCAACUAAUGGCCAUUUUUUUAAUUUUCCAAAGUUAAGAGAAAUUUUGGAUUCAGGUAUGGUACCUAUAUUCCCAGCAGUCAGGAGAGUGAGGCGGAGGAUUGCUGUGGGUUUGAGGCCAGCCUAGACUAUAUAGUUUUGGGCAAACCUGGCCUACAGAAUGAGAACCUGUCUCAAAAGCCCAAAGGAUGAUGACUUAAAAAAAACAAUGGGGAACUAGAGUUUAAAAACCCCCAAAUUUCUAAGAUUUGUGUGGAUUGGGACCAAAGCUUUUGUAUUUUCUAAAACAAAGCAAAAGUUGGAGUCCCUUGUCCUGCCUACACUAAUGGUAUGUGCUAGGGGCAGGUCUCAGGGGACUUCGGGCUGGAAUGUACAAGAAGAACCCUACCUCACAGGGCUGUUGUGAGGUGUGUGAAGGUAGCCCCAGCACUGGGCUUGGCCAGCAAUGGACUCCAAUAAACACUAAAACUGAAA